AUGGCAGUUGAAUCUGACAGCGGCAGAGGUACUACACGAAGUGCUCAUGAAAAAAGCCCCAGGGCGCUGGAGCGCAAUGGCUAUGUGAAAACAUGUGUCACUCCUUUGUAUCAGGACCACGAGUGCCAGUCGUGGGUAAGACUGACUGAGACUUGGAACUCCAGAAGCCUUUCGUCCGUGGUGUGCGUGGGGUCUAUUUCAGUUAUUCUCGCUCUAGUGGUUAAAUUCGUUGACUGGGAUGUGGACUUAAACCACAGCGGCAGCAGCAGUAGCGGCAGCAGCAGCGCCUACGACAGUGAUUCGGGAUCCUUUUUUCAUCAUGUUACGAGCAGUGUGCUGGAGCUACCUUUAACCUUGUGGCAUUUGAUUUCUCCUAUCUUCACUCUCGUGUGUGCCUUCUUUUGGAUCGGCCUGUAUCUGAUCCGGUGCGGGGUGCUUAUUAGAACUGCCGUGUUUCUGUUGACAGUCUGUCACUUGGGCGAAGCGGCGGCACAGUCUCUCCUGCACGGAGCCGAUGACCAGCUGCUCUCGUUCACGGCAACCGUGGUGGUGCUCGCCUGCCUGGCAAGCGGGGCACUCAUGGUUGUGAGACUCGGCCAGGGGGUCUCUGUCAUCAUUUUCAUCAGUAUCAUCCGGACAAUCUCGCUCAUUUCGUUGCACAAAGUCCGUGCCAGCUGGAGACCUUACUUGGCGUACCUGGUCGGGGUAUUCGGCGUCCUGCUGGCGAGGUAUGCUGACAGGCUUUUGCCGAACCAGGGGACACUCAAGGAAGGCUGUACCUCGGUGAUAGGGGCAAGGGAAGACAUCCCGGUGUUUAAAAGGCGAAGGAGGUCCAGUUCUGUAGUCUCAUCAGACAUGGCACAUCAUGGCCAGUCCAACAGCAAGUCACACAGGAGGACAUCAUUGCCAUGCCUUCAAAGAGAACAGAUGCUCUCACAGCCUGAAUGGGAACACAAGAGAGGAGCCCGAGGAUCCCAGUCCUCGGGCACCAGCGUGAUGGUGGACAUUGGGGUGAUGGGCGAGGCCCAUGGCAUGAUCACGGACCUGCUGGCUGACCCGUCGUUGCCGCCCAACACCUGCAGCUCCCUGCGGGCCGUCAGCAACCUGCUCAGCACGCAGCUCACCUUCCAGCCGCUGCACCGGCCGCGCCUCAGUCCCCUGGUGUCCUUCAGCGACACGCACACCUGCUCCGACUCAGAGGAGGGCACGGAGAAGGGCGAGAAGCUGGCCAUCCCCAAGCGUCUGAGGCGGUCGCUGCCCCCUGGCCUGCUGCGGAGGAUCUCCUCCACCUGGACCACCACCACCUCCGCCACGGGGCUGCCCACCAUCGAGCCCGGCCCGGUGCGCCGCGACCGCAGCGCCAGCAUCAAGCCCACCCAUGACGGCCCCGCCAGCAGUAUGGUGAACAAUGAGUCAUGGAACAGCUCCGUCAUGCUGACCAUCUCUAAGAGCAGGUCCAUGUCUGCCUCCUAUGCUCCCUCAGCCUCCAAUCAUUUGUACAACAAGAGGCUAAACAGACCAGGUUACCCUCCCUCCAACAUCUCGCCCCUGGCGUCUCCGUGCCACUCCCCCCCAACGCCGGGCACCCCGGUGAGCAGCCCCACUGCCAAGACCCCGUCCAUGGAGCUGCCCGAGUGUGCCGCCCCCCCGGGGGAGCUGGGGCCCAAGAGGGCCCCGCACAGAGCCUUAACACACAGCCAGAGUGCCCCCAGCUCCACCACCCCGCAGUGGGGCCCACCGCCACUCUGUAGCAGCUGUGGGAGACCCUACAAUAAACUCGCCCAUGGAGAAGGCUCUAUGGACCGAGGGGACAGGGUUCCGCUGAUAGAUGAUCCAGUGCUGGCUUCGUCCGACUACGACAGCACCUACGAGACCAACCACAGUGACAGCAGCGAUUUUGCACAGAACGAAGACGACGGCGAAGGGCACCGAAAGGCGCCCGAAGCGCAGCAACAGCAGCAGGGGUGCAGGAUGUACCCGGCCGAGAGCCUGGCCCUCCACCCCCUGCUUUCACCCGAGGAUAAGGCCAUCCUGGCCCCGGAGCCGCUGGUCAUGGAGGGCCUGGAGCCGCUGAUGAGCCAGAUCAACAACUGGAACUUCCCCAUCUUUAACCUGGUGGAGAGGACCGAGGGCAAGUGCGGCCGGAUCCUCAGUCAGGUCACUUACAGGCUUUUUGAAGACACAGGACUCUUUGAGACAUUCAAGAUUCCUGUCAGGGAAUUCAUGAAUUAUUUUCACGCUUUGGAGAAUGGAUACAGGGACAUCCCAUAUCAUAACAGAAUCCAUGCCACUGACGUGCUGCAUGCGGUCUGGUACCUCACCACACAACCGGUGCCUGGCCUACCCCGUCUGGCCAAUCAGGAAGGCUCAGGCAGUGACGACGCAGACAGUAGCAUCACCCACAGUUGCCUGGGCUUCCUGGUGUCCAAGACCAACCAGGUGGCGCAGCAGGGCUACGGCUGCCUGUCGGGCCUCAUCCCGGCCCUGGAGCUCAUGGCUCUGUACGUGGCCGCCGCCAUGCACGACUACGACCACCCAGGCAGGACCAACGCCUUCCUGGUGGCCACCAGUGCUCCACAGGCGGUGCUCUACAAUGACCGCUCUGUUCUGGAGAACCACCACGCCGCGGCCGCCUGGAACCUCUUCAUGUCACGGCCCGAGUACAACUUCCUGGCCAACCUGCAGCAUGUGGAGUUCAAGCGCUUUCGCUUCCUGGUCAUUGAAGCCAUCCUCGCCACGGACCUGAAAAAGCACUUUGACUUCCUGGCAGAAUUCAAUGCCAAGGUCGGGGAUGAUGGGUGUUCAGGAAUCGACUGGUCUAACGAGAACGACCGGCUCCUGGUAUGCCAGAUGUGCAUCAAGCUGGCCGACAUCAACGGGCCGCUCAAAUGCAAAGACCUGCACCUCCAGUGGACCGAGGGCAUCGUGAAUGAGUUUUACGAGCAGGGGGAUGAGGAAUCCAGCCUGGGCCUUCCCAUCAGCCCUUUCAUGGACCGCUCGGCGCCGCAGCUGGCUAAGCUCCAGGAGUCCUUCAUCACACACAUCGUGGGCCCGCUGUGCAGCUCCUACGACUCGGCCGCCCUCAUGCCCGGCCACUGGGUGGAGCCAGGGGAGGCCGCAGCCACGGAGGAGGGUGGGGAGGAGAGGGAAGGAGAGGAGGUGGUGCCGGGUGGAGUGGAGUCUGACGAUGAGGAGGAGGAGGAGGAGGAGGAUGAAGAUACGGCGGAGGACGAUGCAUCCACCAGCUCGGAGCAAUCCCAGAAGCGAGGGCCGAAGAAGAGGCGGAAGGUCUUCUGCCCGAUCACCCAGCAUCUGAUGGAGAACCACGAGAUGUGGAAGAAGGUGAUCGCCGAGGAGGCCCAGACAGAGGCCGAGGAGUUGGCGUUGGGCGGCGGUGGCGGUGGCGGCGCGGGCAAUGAGCCCAUCCUCUCCAUCCACGAGGAAGAGGAGGAGCCCGGGAGCAAAGAGGAGGACGUGGAGGAGCCGGGGGAGGAGCAGGAGGAGGAGGGCACGGAGGGGGAGGAGGCCGAGUCUCUGGAGGACGAGACGCCCGCGUCUCCCGAGACUGCGGAAGACCAGGCGGCGUGGUAG